AUGACACCCAUGGUGGCUUUCCUGCUCCUGAGCCUUCUGAGGAUGGCGGCUCCCAAGGGACUGUGGUGCCCAGCCUGUGGGCUGGCAGCCCUGGCUCCCACCACGCAGCGGGAUGUCCUCAUCGCGCUGGCAAAGCAGAGCAUCCUCUCCAAGCUCCACUUGCCAGACAGGCCCAACAUCACUCAGCCCAUGUCCAGAGGGGCCCUGCUGACCGCUCUCCACAGGAUGCGUGCGCAGCGCAUGGACACAGCCCUCUCCCCAGGGAUGCCCCGUAAUGGCGGCAUCCCACGCCUGCGUCCUGGGAUGGGUGUGCAGGAAUACGAGAUCUUGAGCUUUGCCGAGUCAGGAUCCUCCACCUCCCGCAGCGUCCGCCUGCAUUUCCGCUUCAGCCGGGAGCUGGCUGGGAGCACCGAGAUCCUGCAAGCCACCCUCUACCUGUUCUGGGCAGUCCCCGUCCCCAGGACGCACCCCAUCACCGUCAGACUCUUUCAGCCAGACCCAACAGGGCUGAACAUGACCGUGGCCAGUGAGACACAGCUGGAGGUGCGGAGGGCUGGCUGGGCUACGCUGGACGUGGGCCGAGCUGUCCAGAGUCUCUUCAGCCGAGGGAGCCAGAGGCUCACCAUGGAGCUGGAGGUGGCAGAGGACUGGGGGUCUCCCCUCCUGGCUGUCCACAGUGAUUCCCACUUGCCGUUUGUGGCAGCCCAGGCCCGGGCCAGGACGCCCCACCGGGUCCAGCGGCGCGGCAUCGAUUGCAGUGGGGACUCUCGGAUGUGCUGCCGCAAGGAAUUCUUCGUGGACUUCAAGGAGAUCGGUUGGGAGGACUGGAUCAUCCAGCCGGAGGGAUAUCACAUGAACUACUGUGCAGGGCUCUGCCCGCUGCACAUGGCUGGCAUCCCCGGCCUCGCUGCCUCCUUCCACACGGCUGUACUCAACCUCAUCAAAGCCAACAACGCGGACGCGGCUGUGGACUCCUGCUGCGUGCCCACACAGCGUCGCCCCCUCUCUCUGCUCUACUAUGACCGGGACAGCAACAUCGUCAAGACUGACAUCCCCGACAUGAUUGUUGAUGCCUGUGAGCUCACGUCUCCCUCUGGUUUGGGGCUGCAGUUCCAGUUCAGCCGUACACAAGACCAGGACAUUCACAUCCUGCAGGCUCAACUUUGGCUCUACCUUCGAGUUCCCCGAGACCUGGUAGCCAGCCUCACCCUGAGAAUCUUCCUUGCUGGUGGGGAAGGUGAUUUGGUGGGGGGUAAUCGCACAUUGCUGAGUGAGAGGCGACUGAGUGCUAAGGGCAGUGGCUGGCGCGCCUUCACCCUCAUGCCGGCCCUGCAGAGUUUCUUUGGGGGAGAGCGCAGGACCCUGCGGCUGGAACUGGAAAGCCUUGGGGAUGGGGGUGAUAUAAUGGCAACAGUCAAUGCCAGCCGGUCCCAUCAGCCCUUCUUGGUGGCCAAGGCGAAGGUGCGGGAGCCGGGACACCACGUGGCCAAGCGCAGCCUCCGCUGCAGCCAGAACUCCAACCUCUGCUGCCGCAAAGACUACUAUGUGGAUUUCCGUGACAUUGGUUGGAAUGACUGGAUCAUUAAGCCUGAGGGCUACCAAAUAAACUACUGUGUGGGCCAGUGCCCUCUACAUGUGGCAGGCAGCCCUGGGAUGGCCUCUUCUUUCCACACAGCUGUAUUCAACCUCGUCAAAGCUAACAACAUCCAGGCAUCGGGGCACUCUUGCUGUGUGCCCACACGACGCCGGCCGCUCUCUGUCCUCUACUUUGAUCGCAAUAGCAACAUUGUCAAGACCGACAUCCCUGACAUGAUUGUUGAUGCCUGUGGCUGUAGCUAG